AUGCCCUCCGUCCUCUCCGAUGCUGACAAGGAGACGGUGAAGCGGACUGUGCCCAAGGCUUCCAACAAGAUCCAAGCCGUUGCUGUCGCUCGUCUCUACGUCGCCCACCCCAACCGCAACCGAUGGACCUAUACUGGUCUUCAAGGCGCCGCGGUCCUCUCAAACGAUCUGGUGGGAAACACCUUCUGGAUCAAGCUCGUCGAUAUAUCUCCUGCGAACCGAGGCGUGAUAUGGGAUCAAGAAAUAUACGACACCUUUCAAUAUAACCAGGAUCGCACAUUCUUCCAUUCCUUUGAGCUCGAACAAUGUCUCGCCGGCUUAUCUUUUGUCGACGAGAAAGAGGCUCGACAAUUCAAGAAAAAAAUGGACGAGCGUGAGAAAAAUGCCAGCAAACAUACAAAGGCUCAGCCUUUCGCAUCUACCGCUGGAGGAGGCCAAUUACACGUACCUGGAAGCUCUCACAAACAUCACAGUCGGGUUGGCAACCUGUUCCGUGGUCACCGCCACAGCUCUGCGUCCCAACAACCUCAACCAAUGAUCCCGCAGCCUAUCUACAGCCCUGGAUAUGCCCCAACAAGCUACCCACAAGGAAACUCAGACACAAUUGAUCUGAAUGAUCCAAACUUGAGGCCCAUCCUGGACGAGCUAUUGCAAAUGGGCAUUACCGAAGAUCAAAUAUCCGAAAACGUCGACUUCAUCAAGCGUUAUGUGCAAGAGAAGCAGGCAGAAGGUGCGGCCAAUGGAUUUGGUUCUCAUAUACCAACGGUCACAGGUACCGAGACCAGAUCAAGGGCUCCUCCACCUCCUCCGCCUCCCCCAGCGCCUCCAUCGAGGAUUAGCCCGGAGAAUACUGGCAGUUCUUCCUCAGGCAGGAGAGGACCUCCUCCGGCCCCUCCGCCGUCGAGAAGACCUGUGGGUGGCCGAGCGCCUUCGCCUCCUCGUUCAAGCUCUCCUCCACCAGCAAGGGACCCCUCUCCUCCCCCCACGGCAAGCCCACAGCCUAGAUUCCGCGCCCCUCCGCCUAUUGCAGAUGCUGGCAAGUUUGCUGUCAAAGAAGGUCCAGCACUUCACCCGUCUGGCCGAGCUCGAGCUUCCUCAGGCUCCUUGGCAAAUCCAGGUCCUCCACCUCCGCCGCGUCCACCUAAAACUCCGAUUGAGGAGGAACAACCCCAGGGUGGCUUGUUUAGAGUACCGCCACCUUUCACUGGGGAACGCAAGUCUUCUGCGCCUCCGCCGCCACCGAGUCGUGGACCUGUUCCUCCUCCACCACCCAGUCGUGAGACAUCCGCUGCUUAUGCUGGUCCCCCACCGCCUUUACCACCCAAAGCAGGACAAACGCCAUCACAUUCUGCGUUGUUCAUUCCUCAGCCUCCACCUCCUCCGCCAGCGCGCAAUAAUGCACCACCCCUGCCACCCCCGAAUACUCGAGCAGUUCCCCCUCCACCUACAAGCGCUGUCGCACCACCACCUCCCCCGCCUCCUCCGCCACCGCCAAUGCCUUCCUCCGCUAGCCCUCCGCCACCGCCCCCUAUGCCCUCUUUUGGUGGCGGACCUCCUCCGCCGCCCCCCAUGCCUUCCUUUGGUGGCCCGCCCCCACCUCCUCCCAUGCCCAGCUCUUCUGGACCUGCCCCUCCCGCUCUGCCUCCUGUAGGAGGCGAUAACCGUGACUCGCUUCUCGCAGCUAUUCGCGGUUCAGGCGGCAAAGCUGGGGGUGGCCUACGCAAGGUCAAGGACAGCGAAAAAAGAGACCGUAGUGCGGCAAUGGUACCAGGAGGAGAAAGUAGUGCUCCCCCGCCUCUGGGAGCGUCAGGAUCUCCCUCAACGCCAGCCGGAGAUCAAGGGGGUGGUCUGGCUGGAGCAUUGGCCGCAGCGUUGAGCCAGAGAAAGAAGAAAGUUAGUGGCAGCGAUGACGAGAAGGAUGAUGAUGAUGAUUGGUGA